AUGGCAAAUAUCAUUUCUAUGAUAGAAUUUAUGAUUUCUCAAGUUUCUACAUAUGCCAAACACGUUAACCGUAAAAGCACACUUGAAGCGAAAAUCAGAAAUAUGUUUUUUCACAUAAAGCGGAAUGUCCAGUUUCCACCAAAAAAAGAAUACUUGAGAUGCAGGCUUAUUUGUGGCCACAAACGCUUGAACAGGCACAUAAAUCAAAAUUCUUUACCCAUAGGCCUUCUCAAUAGCUAUGACUUUAGUGACCCUUCAUCCUUUCAGCUUUGGAUAAAACUUGAAAAUUGCUACUUUAAAAACAAAGAAGAAUUGGAUUUAAUCAGCAGAACAGAAAGCGGGCCAAAAACUGAUGGCAUAUCUAAGAGGAAAGGGCGAACUCAAAGCUUAGAAAAGAGCUUUAACAUGUCCUUUUGCAUACGAUAUUUCAGCUCAGCUGCAGUUUUAGAGUCGUUUCACUAUUAUAUUGAGCUAAUUUUUUUAAAGCUAGAUCCUGAGCUAUUGUGUAGAAAAUUUGAUUUUAGAUGCUGUACAGGCGGCCACCAGCCAGAAUGCUUUGAAAAAUGGCUUAUUUUGAAGCACUACAUAAAGGUGAUGAUGAUUGAAGAAUUAGGCGUGCCACCUUUAAGAGAAAUUAUAGCGGUUCUUCCAAAUGUAUUUCAGCCUGAAAGAAGUACAGAAGAAAAAUAUUUAGAAUGAUUAGAAGAUGAAAGCAAAAGAGAGACAUCAACAAAUGCGUAA